UAUAGUAAUUAUUAGUGAUGACACCAAUAGUGCAAAGAUACGUUGUCUAAAAUUUUAUACUAUGUUGAGUUUUUUGUCCACAGAUUCUUGACUGGUAGAUCUUUUAUUUCUAGAAUGACGGAGCAUCUAUCAACAGUGCCUGAGUCUUCUACCUAGACCGCUGACAGCCUUAGCAACGUGCCAUGAUGUGGAGAAAUGUUAGUUAAACAGGUGCUGAAGAGGCUGUAGUAUAUAACAAAUGGGACAACACACGGCUACACAUCUAGGUCUACUUCUACUAGCACUACUUUCAGGUUGCAGCAGUUCUGACUUGUACGUGGCCCUGUCCGGAGCUGACACGCCAACCUGCGGCACCAAUCCCAGCAACCCUUGCUACUCCCUACGCCAUGCCGUCUCUCUUAGCCAACCAAACGACACCGUGUACGUCAACGCUUCGUCCUACACCUUUCUCAACAAUACCGAAUCCACAUUUACUUGCGGCAACGCCGCAAACAACUUUACCCAGACAACCAUCAUACUCCGACACAGCCUGUCAAUCAUCGCUCUUGAUCCCAGGGUAGUCAUGGACUGCGGCUCUGUCGCGCCUGUUUUCUUCAUAGAUGGAAACGGAACGGACGUAAACGUUAUCUUUGACGGUUUUGUCUUCAAGAACAUAACGCAGAGGGAAGGGCCUACCGGUAUCGCCAUCACGGCACGCGACUGUCGCCUUGUCAUCCGGAACUGCGCGUUUCUCGGAAACAAGGUGCAUGAUGGGUACCUCGCGGGCGCCUUAUAUUACCAUGGCAACCACCUAGAAAUCAGCGACUCCGUUUUUGCCGCGAACGACGGACCCCUUCUGAUUGAAACCGACGAGUUUGACAUGACGGUAGUGAACUGUACAUUCGUUAACAACACGUGUAAGAGUAGUGCAGUGACGGCUGGGGUGUUGAAGAACUUUGACCACGAGAAUAUGGAGACGCUAAACAAGUCCGACAGUUCAGUUUCACGAACCGACGGAGCACUUCACUUGGUCCAUCGUAGCACUGAAACCAACUGGAUCUCCUUCACCAACUGUGAAUAUCCUAGUUUUGAUAUUGGGACGUUGGGGUACAUAGCAGCCAUCCCACGUGUGUAUUAUACUAAUCAGAGAUGUCCCUGGAAAGAUUGGGCGAACGGGACGCAAACCGAUACCAGUAACUAUCUCUGUGAACAUCUGUAUAGAACUAUGUUGUAUGACUACAGGUGAACUAAGUACAGGAUAUCUCCUUGUAUACUUAAAUGUAUAUAAUAAAUUAUAUUGCGUAUAUUUCCUCAUAGCUUUGUGCAUGAAAAUGACUUCUCCA